GCGGGAGGAAGGACGUGAGCGUGAGGAGCCGAAGUGAUUGGCCGACGGCGAGCUCUGGCGCCAAUAUGGCGUUCGUAGCGGGAGUUAUUCGGCGUCUGGACGAGACGGUAGUGAACCGCAUAGCGGCGGGGGAAGUUAUCCAGCGGCCGGCCAAUGCUAUCAAAGAGAUGAUUGAAAACUGUUUAGAUGCAAAAUCUACAAAUAUUCAAGUGAUUGUUAAAGAAGGAGGCCUGAAGCUAAUUCAGAUCCAGGACAAUGGCACUGGAAUCAGGAAGGAAGAUCUGGAUAUUGUGUGUGAGAGGUUCACUACAAGUAAACUGCAGACCUUUGAGGAUUUAGCCAGUAUUUCUACCUAUGGCUUCCGGGGUGAGGCUUUGGCAAGCAUAAGCCAUGUGGCUCAUGUUACUAUUACAACCAAAACAGCCGAUGGAAAAUGUGCAUACAGAGCAAGAUACUCAGAUGGAAAGCUGCAAGCCCCUCCUAAACCAUGUGCAGGCAACCAGGGUACCCAGAUAACGGUGGAGGAUCUUUUUUACAACAUAAUGACAAGAAGGAAAGCUUUGAAAAAUCCAAGUGAAGAGUAUGGGAAAAUUUUGGAAGUUGUUGGAAGGUAUUCAAUACACAAUUCAGGCAUUAGUUUCUCAGUUAAAAAACAAGGUGAGACAGUGGCUGAUAUCAGAACACUACCCAAUGCCACCACUGUGGACAACAUUCGUUCCAUCUUCGGAAACGCUGUUAGUCGAGAGCUGAUAGAAGUUGGCUGUGAGGAUAAAACCCUGGCUUUCAAAAUGAAUGGCUAUAUAUCUAAUGCGAACUACUCUGUGAAGAAGUGCAUUUUCCUACUCUUCAUCAACCACCGGUUGGUAGAAUCAGCUGCCUUGAGAAAAGCCAUAGAAACUGUAUACGCUGCAUAUUUGCCCAAAAACACACACCCAUUCCUGUACCUCAGUUUGGAAAUCAGUCCCCAGAAUGUAGAUGUCAAUGUGCACCCCACCAAGCAUGAAGUUCACUUUCUGCAUGAAGAGAGUAUCCUUGAGCGUGUGCAACAGCAUAUUGAGGGCAAGCUGUUGGGCUCCAAUUCGUCCAGGAUGUAUUUCACCCAGACCUUGCUUCCAGGACUUGCUGGACCCUCUGGGGAGGUGGUUAAAUCCACGACAGGUGUGACUUCCUCAUGUACUAGUGGAAGUGGUGACAAGGUCUAUGCUUACCAGAUGGUCCGUACAGACUCCCGGGACCAGAAGCUUGACGCCUUUCUACAGCCUAUGAGCAAGGUUCUGCCCAGCCAGCCCCAGGACCCUGUCCAAGGGGGUAGAACAGAGGGCCCUCCUGAAGAAGCCGUGCAGAAGGAUGAGGAGAUGGUUGAGCUCCCAGCCCCGACUGAAGCAGCUGCCGUCAGUCAGAACUUGGAGAGGGACGCAGUAAGAGGGGUUUCUGAAGCAGUACAAAAAGCAGCACCCUCUUCCAGUCCAGGCAACCCCAGAAAGAGACAUCGGGAAGAUUCUGAUGUGGAGAUGAUGGAAAAUGACUCCCCGAAGGAAAUGACAGCUGCCUGUUACCCCCGGAGGAGGAUCAUUAACCUCACCAGUGUCUUGAGUCUCCAGGAAGAAAUUAAUGAGCGAGGCCAUGAGACUCUCCGGGAGAUGCUCCAUAACCAUUCCUUUGUGGGCUGUGUAAAUCCUCAGUGGGCCUUGGCACAGCACCAGACCAAGCUAUACCUCCUCAACACUACCAAACUUAGUGAAGAGCUGUUCUACCAGAUACUCAUUUAUGAUUUUGCCAAUUUUGGUGUUCUAAGGUUAUCGGAACCAGCACCACUCUUUGACCUUGCCAUGCUGGCCUUAGACAGUCCUGAAAGUGGCUGGACAGAGGAAGAUGGCCCAAAGGAAGGACUUGCAGAAUACAUUGUUGAGUUUCUGAAGAAGAAAGCUGAGAUGCUUGCAGACUAUUUCUCUUUGGAAAUUGAUGAGGAAGGGAACCUGAUUGGAUUACCUCUUCUGAUUGACAACUAUGUACCCCCUUUGGAGGGACUGCCUCUCUUCAUCCUUCGACUGGCUACGGAGGUGAAUUGGGAUGAAGAGAAGGAAUGUUUUGAAAGCCUCAGUAAAGAAUGUGCUGUGUUUUACUCCAUUCGGAAGCAGUAUAUACUGGAGGAGUCAACCCUUUCGGGCCAGCAGGAAUUUGCAUAUGGCUCAUGUUGGCUUUGAACUUUUGAUACUCCUGCUUCAGCCUCCUAAGUGCUGGGAUUCUAAGUGUGUAGCAGCACACCCAACUCUUUACAAUGGCCAACUUUUAUUCAUGAACUGUAUUUCAUUCUGCUGGACUUGAACAUAGACCUCUAGAACAAUCCGAGAGCCUGUCAGAUAGAGAUUGGUGCCUGUGACAGUGAAAAGGGAGAGCUUAGAUCAGUGUUCUAAGCUAGCAGCUCUGUGUGGCUCAAGUCUUCGUUACUAGACCAGUCUUCUGUCUCCCUCAGUUUCUUCCUGCUUUGCAUCUGAUCUCUGUCUUCUUUACCAGGAAGCCAUGUCUCUAUAAUCCCUCAGUGGCCAACCUGACAAAAAGAGCCUGGGUUCCUCCUGCUCCUCGUCACUUUUCAGUCAGAUGAUAAUGCUCACUCGUGUCAGAGGAAGGCAAAGAGUCAAGAGUUUCUAAGAACCAGAGGCUAGCCGAUGUAGUGCACAGCCACUUGGUGAUGGAGCACAUGUUGUCCACUGCUUGGGACGCCUGGCGUGCUCAGAGGUUCUAGUACUUUACGUGAUGGAACAGAAACUAGCCCUGGCUGCUGGCUGAGACCCCAGGAACUCUCACCCUGGUGUGGAAGUGGACACACAAACUCUUCUAAGCUUAUUUGAUAGGAACCACACUACAGGUGGGAAAGAACCAUACGUGGGGCAGCCAAGGCUUCCACAGAGAGGAACAGUGAGGCAGAUCUACCCUCCGUGGAGUAUCAGAGCAGUGCUACUUUAAGACACCCCAGGUUUGGUUAUGAUCCAGGAGUCAGGCUCAGAAAUGUUAGAUCCACUACAGUGGAAACAAAAACGUAGGCAGUGGUCCCUUAAAAUACUGGUUUCUUUUCUUCUUCAAAAAUCUUGCUGCUUCUGCUCAGACCUGUAGGAUCCUCAAGACUGUCCUGCAGAAGCCCCACUACACACCACUAAGACCCUUCCAGGCCCAGUGCCUGUCAUGUCAGUGGGACAGCCAGUAUGUGGGGAGAUAAAAUGAAUUUCAUGUAUUUUCUAGAGUGACAUGCCUGGCUCUCCUCCAAAGCCCUGGAAGUGGACUGUGGAGCACAUUAUCUAUAAAGCUUUUCGCUCACACCUUCUGCCUCCAAAGCAUUUCACAGAGGAUGGAAAUGUCC